AUGGUUGUGUCCGCAAGCCCCAGUCACUCUGUCCGGGCAAAUGUGCAGCACGUUUUGUUCCUGAUGAAGCAACAUAAUCCUGUUCUUUGUAAUGAUAGAGUAGUUAGUGAUGCACUAUUAAUGAAGAAACAUGGUCGCAGUGCCAGCGUAAGGAGGAGAAGGUCAUCAGUCACUUCCACAGAUUCUUCUACAUCUGAUGAAGAACUGUCAGAACUUCUGCUGAUGCUGCAAGAUGAGUUUGGACAGAUGAGUUUUGAGCACCAGGAGCUGACGAAGCUAAUUGCCACAGCAAAGUCUGAUGCAAUGAGGGAGGACUUGGAGAGAGAACUAGAAGCUCUGGUAAAAAGAAUGGAGGCCAAAGGAGAACAAAUAGCUAAAGUUCGGAAGCACAAAUUACAGCUGGGAAAACUCAGAAGGAGGUCAGUGACUCAAAGGAAUAUUUCUAGUAGCCAGAAGACAAAGGAUGAUGGAACUCUUAAUGGAAUGAAUGAAGUGAAGGUCACAACAACAGUGACUACUAGGGGAAGAAAUGCUGGUCCUAUUAAAAUUCGGCCUGGAGAAAAGAGCAAGGAAAGUCUCCAGUUACUGAAGGACAUGCAAACCCUGCAAACUUCUCUUCAAAGACAGGAUAUCAGAUGGGAUUACUAGUGCAAAAAAUUCUGCUGUGACUUUUUGUUUAAAAUUUGGUGUGAUAUAUGCUGAUGUUUUAUACUACCCUAUGGAAAUAUGUUUCAGAGCCAGUAGGUUUGUCAAAGACCAUACAUUUAAAACUAAUAGUGAGAAUGUUGCCUCAGUAAGUAUUUAGUGUCUGUUUAGUUUUACUAAGCAGUGGUGUGUACCUUUACGGGCAUUGUACCCCCAUGUGAAAAUGUAGUUGGAUAGUUUAGACAGGUCCACUAUUUGAUCACUCAUUCCUAACUGAAUGGUCUCUGAGUUGGCUGGCAUUCUUACAAACAAAGUUCUUAUUGCACCUAUGUUUUACUGCAUUACUUGAAAUUUGUGGAAUUACUCAGUGUGAGAGCCUGUAUUUUUUUCUGCAUUUGUAUUACCUGAAAUUUGUGGAAUUCUGUAUGAGAUGUCUGUAAUUCUACUAAAGGAGUUAUCUGUAUUUGACUUAAAAGAUUUUUAAAUAAAUAUUUAUUUUUUUUAAA